UAUGUCUAUACAUAUGCACAUAUACUUUUGUCAAAUACUUUAAGAAUUUAAUGAUGAAAGAAGUAUUGAAUAUAAAAAAUUAAUUUCAAUAAAGAAAACUUUAAUUAAUUUAUUUUAUAGAGAACCAAUUUAUGCAAAAUUAUUGCAUAAACUGGUUUUGUCAAAAGAAAUUGAUGAAAAGUAAUUCAUUCAGAGCUAUUAAAUUUUUGAAAACUGAGAUAUGAUUUUUGAUUUUUCGUAGAAGCUGCAAUUGAAUAAUUAAUUUAUUAUGGAUGCAGAAUUUCCCUUUGGUGUUUAUCUUGAUUCUGAUUUUUAUGAUCUGUUUGAUUCAAGCGAUAGUGAGGUAUAUUCUAGUAUUAGUGAAGAUAAUAGUGAAGAAAUUGACUCAUUUUCUAAUUCUGAGUCAAGCAAUGCUCUUGAGUCAGAUAUGUCCUCUGCAGAGAAUGAGAUUCCAACACCAGACCAUGAAAGUGAAAGAAGUUUGUCAGAUGUAGAUGAACCAAUGCAUGUAGAGACAGAACCAGAAGAGAAUCCUCAAGUACCCACAGAAGAAGUUAAUGAAGAUCCUAGUGAAAUAAAUGAAGAACAAAGUGAUGCUUUACCUGUAACGACUCCAGUGACAAACACACAAAAUAUUUCAACUCAGAAUAAAGAAGUUCUUACCACACCAUCAUUAGUUAAAAGAUCAAACACUGCUGUUUCUCCUGGUGCUGAUGAUGAUGGUCAAGUAUGCUCAAUAUGUUUUGAAUUAUGGACAAAUUCGGGUCGUCAUAGAUUAGUUUCUUUAAAAUGUGGUCACUUAUAUGGUCACAGUUGCAUAGAUAAAUGGUUGAAAGGUCAAGGAUCAAAAUGUCCACAGUGUAAUGCUCCUGCUAAACGUACAGAUUUCAGAACAAUAUUUGCAAAGAGCUUGAAGGUCUUAGAUACCUCAGAAAGAGAUUCAGCUCUUAAAAUGCUAGAAAAGGAAAAAGAAUUGAGAAGAAGAGCUGAACUGGAAGUUGCACAAAUCAAGGUAAAAUAUCAAAUGGUACUUCAAGAAUGUGAAAGAGUCAAAAAAGAAUUAAUGGAACAAAAGCAGUGGAUUCAAGCAGCAAAAGCAACUAACAGGAUAGAUAAACGAGAUAUGCUAGCAUCACAAAGUUCUUCAAUAAUUUCACUUGUUUUAGAGAAAACGUUAGAUUUAUGUAAAGAUGGUGGCUGUAGAGUUCUUACAUCUUGUGAUAUAUUAAAUAUGCUAAUUGUUUCACAGCCAAGUGUUAAUAAUCUAUUUCCAGGUUUUGGAAUUAAAAAAAUUUCUACUAUGGACUUUAGAGUUUCAGAAUUUGUUAGCAUUCAUCAAAAACCAAUUAAAGAUAUUGCCUUUCACAGAAGUGAUACUUUGGUGCUAACGGCUUCUAUGGAUCGAUCAAUAAAAUUAACAAAUGUUUUGAGUAAUAGCAUUGUUCAAUCUUAUACAUUACCACUUGAAGCCUGGAGUUGUGUUUGGAGCAAGGAUGAUCCCAAUCAAUUUUUUGUAGGAUUGAAAAAUGGUAGUAUUUUUCAAUUUGAUACAAGGAUGACCAAUAGUCAUAUAUUUCAACUUCCUGCAGUUGGAAUGAAAUCACCUGUUAUAGGCCUUCAGUACAUACAGAAACAGUUAAAUUCUGGUUCCAGUUUGAAUGGGUUGUUGAGUGGACAGUUAUCUACUUGCUGUCUGUAUGAAAUGAAAAGAGAAUCAGAUUAUAAGCUUCAUCCACUACCAUUAGAAGGUAGUUUUACUUCACUGAGUUAUGAACCAGGAACUGGUCACGUUUUAGUGUCUUGCCGUCCGUCCGGAAAGCAUGCAUCAGUUACUCAUAUGCUCUGUGAAUUAGCCAUUGAUGAAAGUAGCAGGGAUUCAGAUGUGGGAAACAUUUGUUCUUGCAGUAUUAUACAGAGUUUUUCAGGUGGAGAUAGUCAAGUACAAAUUUCCAAAUCAAAUCUCUUCCUGCAUCCAAAGAAUGAAAGUUGCAUUUUAGCAUGUGCUGGAGAUGAGAGAGCGCAAGCGGCUUUAAUUUGGGAUGCUUGCAAUGGGGAGAGACUUCAACAAUUGAAAGUUAACGAUCCUCCAGUUUUGGAUGUUCAGUUUUUUCGACUGGAUCAGAAUUAUUUCCUUGGUACACUAACAGAAAAAACAUUACGUCUGUAUAAAUGGACAAAUAUCUAAAAUUAUUUUAUCUAAGGAAAUAUUUGUAAAUAAGUAAAUUCAAGCAUAUAAUAUUAUGUAUAAUAAUUAUGGUCUUCCGACAAAAAUUCUGAAAAUUAUUUCAAUCAGAUUUCGAUAUUUGUAUUGUAUAAAAGUUGUAAAUAGAUAUCUGCAUUUAUGCAUUAAUUUCUCUUUUUUACAUUUGCCUUUUCUGUAAAAGUUGGAAAAUGCUUUUUUUAUUUAAAAAAAGUUGUAUUUUGGGAUUAUUCUCACCAGAAUUAAAAUUGAAUAAAAAUAAUUUAUACCCAAAUGUUUUUAAAACCU